AUGCCGCGGAUUACCCAACGCUGGGUGCUAAAGACGGCCGCUAGUGACGGAUACACAGUGCACCAGCGCACCAUCCACACAGAGGAAGCUCUUUUAGCGAACAACAUAAAACAUCGGUCAUACAUCAAUUAUAAGCUAAACUACGGGCUAAGGUACAGUCCGCAAAGAGAAACAAACAGAGUCACGGUACCGAGACAACCUGCAGUGGUUCACAGCGACAAUCACACCGAAAUAGCGAAUCUGAAACCGGUGAAACCUAAGCCAUUCAGCGCCGGUGCUAACACACUAGCGUAUUACGAUCAUACCGAACCACCAUUGCUCAGCCUGUUCAACAUAAUUUCCUUUGCCAAUACACCCUGCACACCGCGCAGGGUGCCAGUCACCGGCCUGACUGGCAUCUGCUACCGAGAGCAGGAGUGCCGCCAACGGAACGGCCUCACGAUGGAUGUAUGUGCCGGAGGGUUCGGAGUGUGUUGCGUUUUUAAAUUUGGAUGCGAUGGUCAAACGGAACAAAACAUAAGCUACUUCUACGCUUCCCUCUCGUCGCCGGCUAACAUCAACACGGUUGCACGUUGCAGUGGUACGGUGAAGCUACACCGCCACGUCCGGCAAGUGCUGUUGGAAUUUGUCCUGUUCGAACUGUUACCCCCUCAGCAGGGUAACUGCCGUGAGGACCGGUUCCUUAUUUCCGUGCAAAACAGUAAUCGGGUGUAUCCCGUGUUGUGCGGCAUCAACACCGGUCAACACAUGUACCUAGAUAUAGAUGCCGCCUACUCGCAGCAACUGUCUCUAAUGGCAAUUUCUAAUGCCAAACAGGCCUAUGGCACUCUUUUGGUAAAGAUCACGCAGUUUGCUCAUCCGAAGUCUCCCGCAGACUGCCUGCAAUUCCACGAUGGGCUACAGGGGGUUGUAAAAUCGUUCAACUACGACGAUUAUUCUACAAUUGUAAAAAACGUGAAACCUAGUUAUUUGAACAACCUCAAUUAUGCAAUAUGCAUCGAAAGACAGAACCAAUUUUGUUCCGUGGUGUUCAGAAACGAAAACGUGCUGGGACAGGAAAAUAGUUUUCAAAUAGUAAACAUCGCUCCAGACGGAAGCAGCUUGGUUCCCGCAAAUCAGGCAGGUGUGGAAAUAUUGAGCUGCCCAAACGAUUUCAUUGCAAUCAACUAUUUACGUUUGUGCGGCGAGCGCUUAAACGACGGCAGCAUCGUGGCGGAUUUCACAGUGAAUGCACCCGUUUCCUACACAAUUGCCGGUCCGGUUGUGAUAGCGGUGCAAACGGACGACACGAUUGUUGGAAGAGGUUUCAAGCUGUUAUUUAAUCAAAAUAUUUGCAUCAAUAAACUGGCUGACGGCUAA